AUGUCGGUGCAGUCGGUUCAGCAGCCGGAAACAACCGCGGUACCCAACGAAGAUGAGUCCAAAGGGGGCGCGGAACUGUCCACUUUUUCCAUUUAUUCGUACGUUUUUCCAGUUCUGAGUACGAUUGCCUUCUGUUGUGCUGUGGUUGGAUCGUGAGUUUUAUUUUUUUUUCUAAUUUUUUUUUGAAAUUUUAAAAUUUUUGGUUGUAAAGAAAGUUAUUGCGGUCUUUAAAAUUUUAUGAAAAAUUGGCAUUUUAGGCUUGGUUUAGGCUUAAUAAGCCUUAGAAUAGUCUUAAAAGUCUUUUUUUCGAUCUAUAUUGCAUUAAAAGCGGCAGAAAAAAGCUGGAAAGAAAGUUCUUGCGGGUUUUAAUUUUUUUUGCGGUUUUUCAUAUUUUAUCAAAAAUGGAUGUUCUAAGGCUUUUUUAAGCAUAAAAAUGAUUUUCAGCUUCUACCUCACCCUCCACAGUAGACACACCACCAAUUAUCUGCCCUCGUUCAGUGAUAUUGGAAACUACCCGCCCGAGCGCUGUUUUUUCAGUUUUUUCAUCAACACCGCCGCUUUCUUUUGUAGGUUUUUGACUGUUUUAUGAAGUUAGGGACUGUAUUUUAUAUAACAAGAUUGAAAAGAGUCGAUUUUUUGAGAUACAUCAUAUAGAAAAUGGCAGUUUUAAAAGGUAAAGGAGAAUCAUGAAGAAUCAUCGUAUAACAUGGGUUUCGCAGGCUGCAGGGCCUUUAUUUUUGGAUUUUGGGGGUUUUUUAGAGUAGAUAUAGCUUUGAAUAAAAAUUUUGUGACUAUGUUUGUUUUAAUGUUGGCUUAGGCUUAUAAUAGACAUUAUUUAGGGCUAUGCACAGCAUACUUCGUCUACGCCACGAUGAGCGUUCACAUCCACACGUUUAUGACAAUGAACGGCACAUGGGCCCUUAUCAUGGUCAUUCAAAACUUUUUUGGACUAAUGAUUGGAGUGGGACUGGUCUUCAUAGCCAAUUUUCAGGUUUGUUUUUAACUUUUUAAAAAUUUAAAAUUUUUCGAAUUUUUUAAAAUUUUUUGAAAUUUUAAAAUUUUAGGACAGCAACGUAACAGUAGUACACAAAGGAGGCUAUGGCUUGUUCUUGAUGUCUGGUUUGUUCUACCAAUGGGGCUAUAUUGUCAUUUGCUUCAACUUACGACCGAAGUUGGAGCCAAACUACAAGUCUGUCAUCAUUUCGAGAGUUGUCAUCGCUUUUAUGUUCACUGUCAUUUUACUCAGUAAGUUUUUAUAGCCCUAGCCCAGACUCUAGCCCAGAGCCCUAGCCCCAAAGCCCUAGCCCAAAGCCCUAGCCCAAAGCACUAGCCCAGAGCCUUAGACUCCUAACCCUAGGCUCGGGUCUAUAGCAAUGCACCUGCCUACAAUUGCCUCAACUUUAUUACCCUACCAUACUUUACUAAAAUCGCAUUUUCUUUCAGCCCGAGCAGGUAUGACCUUCCAGCCGCUGCAUAAGAAGGAGGACAAUGGCUCGAUAGGCAUGACAAUGCGAGAUCCAAACUAUAUCAACCAGACCCUGACACUGUAUAUGGAUCGUGACAAGACGCUGGUACUGAAUCAUGGCAUCGAAUGGGCGGCGUUGAUCACGUUCUACCUGUUCGUACUCACAUUCGUCACCGAGCUGGACGGGUUCGAUGUGAAGACGGUGGGCAAGGUGAUCCCGCUGAAGGCCGGCUACGAGAAUAUGUUCGAGGAGGGGGACAAACAGCCGGCUACCUUGAAUGUGAUUGGCAUGAGAGGACGGGGCUUGCAAGGUGGUACUGGUCCUAGUAGCAGCGGUUCAAGUGGUUCUUAUACUAGUAUUGGAGCAAGUAGUAAACAGAAUGGUAAGUGUUAUGAUGAGAAUUAAAAUGGUGCUACAUUGGGUUUAGGGUGCUCCAGUACUCAUACAUGAUAUUGUUAUAGGUGGUACCCAAACCAGUACAAACUGGAAUGAACAACCGAACCAUGCUCCAAAUAAGCAACCAGUCCAAGUCCAGUCAAACCCAAAUCAGGUCCACUCGCCACAAGCCCUACCAGCCAAUCCACAAUACGCCCAACCAGUUGCGUACUUGCCAGCACCAGGCGCCCUAAGCCAAGAACAACUGCCUCGAUCACCCAUGCCCAAUUAUGUCAGCCCCAUGCAGAGCCCAGCCGUCUCGCCCAAUCGUAAGCGAUCUCAAUAA